CUUUUCAUUUAGAGCAUGCUCACUGAUUCAUUCCCGCUCGAAACAAAAUGUGUCACUUUUUCGCUCUGGAGCAACUUUCAGCCUUCAGUUCGUAUUUUGAGCACCUUGAAAAAUCCCUACUCCCCAACACUGGUUUCGUGUUUGUGUAAUAAUUUAUUUAGGUGGAGAAACAUGGCUUCAAAGUUGCAAAAAGCUCCGUUGCUUCGAUUAUUUAUGAGCAGAGGACUUUCUCAACUAGCACCAGUUUCCGGAAAUCCAAAUUAUGAACUGAAAACAACUAUUCUUUCAAAUAAGCUGACUGUCGUAUGCGCUGAUAAUGAAUCAAGCUUGGUUCGAGUUUCUGUUAUAUUCAGGGCAGGUAGCCGAUAUGAGUCCAGUGAUAAUUUAGGAGUCACACACGUAUUGCGUACUGCAGCAGGGCUGUCAACAAAAAAUGCUUCCCAGUUUGCCAUUAUUCGUAACAUUCAGCAAGUUGGUGCUAACUUGACAGCUACAUCUGAUCGUGAAACUAUUUCAUAUACUCUAGAAGGUACAAGACAAGCAGUUGAAAAAGUUCUCCCAUUCCUUACUGAAGUCGCAACCCAGCAAAUAUUCAAACCCUGGGAGGUUUCAGAUAUCACUUCCAGGCUCCAAUUAGAUAUUGCAACGAGAUCUCUACCGUUGAGAGCAAUUGAUCUACUCCACAAUGCUGCAUUUCGUACUGGUUUGGGCAAUUCAAUGUUCAUCCCUAAAUCACAGAUUGGAAAAAUAUCCAGUGAGACCCUGCAGCACUAUGUUGCCAGCAAUUUUCUAUCCGGGCGUGCCGCUGUAAUUGGAUUUGGUAUCGAUCAGUCUGAACUCAUUCAUUAUGCACAAACUUUAAACAUUGAGUCUGGGGAGGGAUGUAAUAAUUCCUCUAGUUAUAAAGGUGGUGAAUUGAGAUCAAACAAAGGUGGAGAUGUAGCUUUUGUCACUGUAGCAGGAGAAGGCGCCUCUUUGAAAGACCCCAAGGAAGCUCUAGCUUUUGCAAUUCUUCAAAAAGCAAUUGGUGUUGGACCUCAAGUGAAGUGGGGUAAUAAUAAUGGAAUUUUUAGCAGAGUUGUAGGUAUUGGAGAGCAUACAUCAUCUGCUAUCAAUGUCAGCUACUCCGAUACAGGACUUUUUGGUAUUUUAAUUGGAACUCCUGCAAAAUCUGCAGGAAAAUUAGUGGAAUCUGCUGUCAAGUUAUUGAGAAGUGGGAGUGUUUCCGACGAGGAUGUCAAUAGAGGGAAGAAACAGCUAAAGUCUUCACUUCUUUUGGAAGCUGAAAGUGGAGCAGAUGCUGUAAGAGAUAUUGCUUCACAAUCUGUUUUGACUGGUAAUCCUCAAACUGCCAGCCAGAUAGUUGCAGCGGUGGAUUCUAUUUGUACAAGUGAUGUUCGAGAUGCCCUCAGAAAUGCUGGACGAAAAAUAACUUUGGCCUCAAUUGGGAACCUUAGUAAUGUUCCCUAUCUGGACGAAUUGAAAUAAUCAGAUAUCUUUUAAAUUAUUUUUCAGUCUUUGUUUAAAAUUUGUGAAAAAAUAGUAUUGAUAUAUCAUCUGCAUGAUUUGCUCUUGUAUAGAAUAAAGUUGAGUUGAUUCCAA